CUAGCUCAAGGGAUCAUGGACAUUGAAGCAUAUUUUGAAAGAAUUGGAUAUAAGAACUCUAGGACCAAAUUGGACUUGGAAACAUUAACUGACAUUCUUCAGCACCAAAUUCGAGCUGUUCCCUUUGAGAAUCUUAACAUCCAUUGUGGGGAAGCCAUGGAACUGGACUUAAAGGCCAUUUUUGAUCAAGUUGUGAGAAAGAACCGAGGUGGCUGGUGUCUCCAGGUCAAUUAUCUUCUGUACUGGGCUUUGACCACAAUUGGUUUUGAGACCACAAUGUUGGGAGGGUAUGUUUAUAACACUCCAGCCAACAAAUAUAGCACUGGCAUGAUUCACCUUCUACUGCAGGUGACCAUCAAUGGCAGGAACUACAUCGUUGAUGCUGGGUUUGGACGCUCCUACCAGAUGUGGCAGCCUCUGGAGUUAAUUUCUGGGAAGGAUCAACCUCAGGUGCCUUGCAUCUUCCGCCUGACAGAAGAGAGUGGAAUCUGGUUCCUGGAUCAAAUCAGAAGAGAGCAGUAUGUUCCAAACCAAGACUUUCUUAAUUCUGAUCUCCUGGAAAAUAAGAAAUAUCGAAAAAUCUAUUCCUUUACUCUUGAACCUCGAAGAAUUGAAGAUUUUGAGUCUAUGAAUACAUACUUGCAGGAAUCUCCAGCAUCUGUGUUUACAAGCAAGUCAUUUUGUUCCUUGCAGACUCCAGAAGGGGUUCACUGUUUAGUGGGCUUUACACUCACAUACAGAAGAUUCAGUUAUAGAGACAAUACAGAUAUGAUUGAGUUUAGGACUCUGAAUGAAGAGGAAAUAGAAGAAGUUUUGAAAAAUAUAUUUAAUAUUUCCUUGGAGAAAAAACUUGUGCCCAAACAUGGUGAUCGAUUUUUUACUGUUUAGAGUAGAAGUAAAAUAAACUCUUGUGUAUGUAUCACCCAGUUCAUAAAUUAUCACCUAACAGCCUAUCAUAUAUCCUCUAUAUCCCUACACUAUUU